UCAAUGUUAUAAAAGGCUUUUUUCCAUACACUUUCAAAUCAAGAUGAGACAAGUGCUUGAUCGUGACGUCAUUGCAGACGACGUAAAUUCGAAGAAUAUAGAACGCGCGCAGCCUUUUUAAAUGCAGGUGGAACAACAGUUGCUACAAUUAGAGAUGACAGAAGAAGAACAUUCUUUUACAACCGACAAAUUGUAUGGUCACAAAACUGAAGUAUGUUCUUCACCAAAGCGCAAAAUGUCUGAGAAUAUAGGAGAAAGUGUUCAUGGUUUUGAAAUUAAAAAAGCUAAGAUAAGUGAUUCACAAAACAAACAAUAUUCCACAUGCUAUAAAAAGGAAACAGAAUGUAAUGUAGAAGAACAGCAGCAUGUCAAUCAGGACAGUAAUAAAGAUAACACUUUUACAGUUGACAUUGUUGAUAAUUCUGAUGAAAAUACUGAGAAUAUAGCCAGUGACUGUUAUGCCCUUGAACAUUCCUCUAAUGAAAACUGUGAAAAAGAGCCUGUGAUAAGAAGUUGUGGAAACAACUCUUGCCAAAAUUUUGAAGAAGAACUUGAUGAUAUAGAUAAAAAGGCAGCUGAAGAUAUUGUUAGAAAACUGUGCAAGAAUGGAAAAUUGAUGGAAUUUCAAGAAGGAGAUGAUUUUAUAAAAGUGAUUGUCUACGAGGACUCUCAGGAGGAGGAAAAUACAGAGUCAGCAGAUGAAGGUAACCAGCCAGUGUAUGUAGCUGAACCCGCUAUAUCUGUGUCAAGCCAAGCAUUAGAAGCUGACAAUAAAAACAGAUACAGAAAGCCAGCCGCACAAAGCACACCAGUCACCAGCAAAGAGAGAAAUUUAAGUCAAAAGAUGAUUUUGCCGAAUCCUACUUCAAGUUUUCAAUCAUCUGUUGCAUCUCUACCAGAUCCAUUACCUAAUGGUCGAUGCCCACAACUUUACACUACUCCACAUCCAAGAAAUGGCUACAUGUUUUAUUCAUCAGAAGCUUUGCAGUCCAGGCUUCCAUAUCAAUCCGAAUUUACCCCAACAUCAGCUCGAAUGACCACACCUGUCUGUAAACCAGUUCUCUUGAACAGCAGUGGUGAAGAAGUGAGUCCUAAUGACCCCCUGGCCAUGCCAUCACAGCAGGAGGUACAUGACCGGGUGAGAUCCCUCAUGACACUGCCACAGUUUGAUAUAGAGGACAGCGGCAAAAUAAGAGAGCAACAUAACCAAAAGGAAAGACGCAGAAGAGCAAGAAUAAAGGAAGCAUGCAAUUUACUGAGACAGUUGGUGCCUGGUAUGUCUGACAAAACCGACAAAGCCACUGUGUUUGAGUUUGCAGCUAGAUAUGUUCAUUUCCUGAAGGCCCACACUGGAGCACAGUAUGACAAGGAUUUCUUGAUGAAGUAUAGUCCAUAUUAGACAGAUGAGAGAGAACACGGACAUGACCAUCAUUAUACAAUUUAAAUGUAACAACGACAUUAUGUUACAACAAUUGCAAAUUUGCUUUAUGAUUUGUAAUAUAAUUUAUUUGCAUUAUCAGAAAAUAAUGUGUGCAUUGUGUUUGAACCUAACUGAUAGGUAUAGUGCUUUUUUACAUUAUUGUUUGAUUUUAUAAUCAACAAAGUUUGACAAGUAAAUUGGAGUCCCAGAGUUAGUAUGUCUGUUAAACAAUUAGUCUGUUAGAAUGUUUUGCUUGUGUGGUAUUAACUUAACUUCAUUGCACUUUUCAACACUAUUGUCAUCAAAUCUUGAAGAAUCUUGUGCAGACUGUAUAUAGUUUAAAUAUCUAGUAAGUUUGGAUCUUGGUCAACAGGUCAAAUCUGAGAAAAACCAUUGAUAACACUCUAGAGGCCACAUUCACCACUAAAUCUUGAAGGAAACUUGGUCAAAAUAUUCACCUAGACAAUUUCCAGGCAAAGUUCAAACUUUAAUCAUGUGAGUUCAAAAAACUAUGACACCAGAUCAAAUCCUUAGAAAAAGUUUGUGACCUCUAUGGAGGCAGAACGUUUGACUGAAUCUUGGUCAGAAUGUUUAAAUUGACUUUGUGACAAUGUUUACGCCAAGUUCAAUUCUGGGCCACGUGCAUCCAAAAACAAGUUGACCUGGUCUUGGAAAAACCUUGUAAAUCUUCAUGAAACUUGGUCAGGAUAAUUAUUUGACAAGAUACUAGGCUCAGUUUUUUAUGGUCUAAAAAGUCACCAGCUGAAAUCUAAAAAGUCGAAGAGGGCACAUUUAAUACUCAAUAUUGAUGAAACUUGGUCAGAAUCUUGAUCUUAACAACAGAUAGGUCAAGAUCAAAUCUGUGGUAAAACUAGGACACCAGCUUAAGUCUGAGUUCAGGUGAACGCUUUGGGGCCAUCACCUCUUGUUUAUUCUUACUUAUCUAAUAUUUGUAGGAUUUAGAUGAAACUUGUUAUGCUUUACAUUCGAAAUACUUCUUCAAAAUUGUACAUUCAUUUCAAGCUUUAAAAGGAAUAAGGCUUUGUGGCAUCAUUUUGCGUUGUUA